CUUGAUGUUGCUGGGCCUGGGGCUUACAGGAUGCCCAGGCUGAGGAAGAGAUCAAGCAAGAGAUGAACACACUGCAGCAGAAGCUGAAUGAGCAGCAGAGUGUGCUUCAGCGUAUUGCCGCCCCCAACAUGAAGGCCAUGGAAAAGCUGGAAAGUGUCCGAGACAAGUUCCAGGAGACCUCAGAUGAGUUUGAAGCAGCCCGAAAGCGAGCAAAGAAGGCCAAGCAGGCAUUCGAACAGAUCAAGAAGGAGCGCUUUGACCGCUUCAAUGCUUGUUUUGAAUCUGUGGCUACCAACAUUGAUGAGAUCUAUAAAGCCCUGUCCCGCAAUAGCAGUGCCCAGGCAUUCCUGGGCCCUGAGAACCCUGAAGAGCCCUACUUGGAUGGCAUCAACUACAACUGUGUGGCUCCUGGGAAACGCUUCCGGCCUAUGGAUAACUUAUCAGGCGGGGAGAAGACAGUGGCAGCUCUGGCCCUGCUCUUUGCCAUCCACAGUGUCAGCUCACCUACUGGUUCCCUCCCAGCUACAAGCCAGCCCCCUUCUUCGUCCUGGAUGAGAUCGAUGCUGCCUUGGAUAACACCAACAUUGGCAAGGUGGCAAAUUACAUCAAGGAGCAGUCGACUUGCAACUUCCAGGCCAUCGUCAUCUCUCUCAAGGAGGAGUUCUACACCAAGGCGGAGAGCCUCAUUGGAGUCUAUCCUGAGCAAGGGGACUGUGUGAUCAGCAAAGUCCUGACCUUCGACCUCACCAAGUACCCAGAUGCCAACCCCAACCCCAAUGAGCAAUAGCAGUAGUUCUGCCCUCCCACCCUGUCUGGAUCCCUAAGCUGUCCCUCUCCCAAUCUCUGGAUAUCUGACUCCCAACCUUCCCCCUACAUCCUGGUCCUUUUUGGUGUAGUCAUGGGAUUUAGGCACUGCUAAUCAAGCAUGAAGAGGAACAGAGGUGAUGUUAGGUCUGGAGCAAAAAUUCCUGAACGACAGGGAGUACCCUGGCCUCUGGAAGGAGGUGCUGAGCUGAACAGGGCCAUCUGUUCAUCACACACACCCCCUUCCUCCCCCUCAUCACCCAUAAUCGUGGGCCCCUUGGGCCUCUUGCCCACUGUGUGUGUGGGUAUGUAUGUGUGUAUGUAUGUAUCCGCAUGUGUGCAUGUGAGUAUGUUUGCAAAAUAAUAAAGGAUAUUGGAGACCUGUUUUAGAAGGAGCCUAGGCUGAAUUUGAUUCCAAGAGAGCUUAGGAUGACAGCACCCCUGAGCUGGGCAAAGGUACUCAGGACCUCAUAGGAGUCUUAGGCAGUUACUUGAAACUGCCUUCAUUCACUCAUUUGUGUAUUCAUUCAUUUAUGUAUUCAUCAGACACAUACCGAACACCCUGUAUUUGCCAGGUUCUGUGCUUACAAUACAGAGUUGAAUCAGACAUGAUCUCUACCCUCCUAGUAAGGAGAUACAGUGGGUUCAUGAAUGACUAUAGUUAGCUGAAUGUCAUAUGUACUUUGAAUUUGAGAAGAGGGUGAUCCCCUCUAGGCUUCCUGGAGGUCACAUUUAAGCUAGACCUUGACAAAUUGGUAGGAUUUGGUCAGGCACUAGGAGCAGAGCAUGAGCUCUGGGGACAGACAGUUAUGGGUUCUGGUCCCACUUUUUAUCACUUACUAGUUGUUUGACCUUGGGCAAGUCAUUUGACCUUCUGUGCCUCAGUUUCCUCAACUGUAAAAUGGGGCUAACAAUAUUACCUACCUCAUAGGAUUUAAUGAUGUCAAGCUCCUCACUGGAGGCCUUAUCCCUUCGUGGAGCCCACUAGGUGCCGACCCCUCAGAAUAUAACCCUCAUGCCUGGACCCGUGAGAGCUUCUGAUCCCAGCUAUUAGGGACAGAAGAAGCCUUCAAAUCUGGAAGGUGCUGAAUGCCCUGCUGACUGGGAAAGUUUCAGGGCACUGAUGGGGUCUACCUGGUAAGUGGAGGGCCUGAGGAAACCUGUAGCUUCAAUCAUGUAUGGUAACCGGGUGCCUGAGCCCCAAUCUGGAUUGUGAGGAAAUAGGGGAGAGGUAGCCUGGGCCACAUCCCAGCCUAACAUGUGUGAGGUUCAUUUUAGGAACUAACCUCAUUAGCUAUAAGGAUCAUGCAGAGGCAGCAAAGCCGGGUGUGAUGAGCUCAGCCUUUACUCAUUCACAUACACCAUCACACUUCGCUUCUGAUCUGUGUAUUGCUUUUUUGCUUUUUAAAAGUUAAGUCCAUUUUAAUUACCCAAAUAAUGCAUGAAUUCAUUCUCCUUUUGAGAAAUUAGAUUGUUAAAGAUAGUCUCAUUCAGCUAUCAACCACUCCCCCUCUUGAUCUUUUCCCUCUUAGUGGCUGUUGUUUGUUGUACUUCCAUUUAGACUUUGUUUUAAUGCUUGUACGUACAUAAUAUGAACUCAUUGGAAAUAUUGUGUGUUUAAUGCAAAUGGUAUAUUGAAUUGUUUAGCAAUUUUGUUUUCUUUGCUUAACGAUGUUUUUGAGAUCUGUGCAUGUUACUUAAUGUAGCUCAAUACAUCUUCUGUAAUUGCUAUAUAGAUUGCCAUCAUAUGAUUACCACAUUUUACUUACGCAUUUCUCUUGUUAUGGACAUUAAGACUGUUUUCAGGUUUUGCUAUUACAGAAUACUACACAGGAGCAUCCCUAUGCCUGUGUGAAAGUGUAUGUGUGAAAGUUUACCUAGGGUUGAUUCCUAGAAGUGGAAUUGCAAAGUCAUAGGAUAUUUAUAUAUUGGUUUUUAAUAAUACUUCCAAAUUGCCCUCCUAUACUAUUAGUAUUUUUCUUGAGAUUGAUCUGAGGUCUAACAUUGUUAUCCUAUAUCAUUUUCAUCCUAAGUAGUGAUAUCUAUGAAAUCACAGGUUUGAUGUGUGCUAAUUAUGUAUUUUUCUAAUACAUAUUAAAAGACAUAACUAUCAAAACAAAAUAAAUUUGUCUGUUUUCAACCAAAGAAGUCACGUACCACUGGUGGUACUGUGUGCCAUAAUUUGGCAAAUGCUGGCCUUUAUGGAAGAGCCACAAUUCGGGGGUCAGACCUGGUUCAAAUUCUAGCUGUAGAAACUUGGACAAGUUACUUCACCUCUGAGCCUAAGUUUCCACAUCUGUAAAAGGAGAUAAUAAACACCUACCUUGCAGUAGUGAAGCAAAGAGAAAAUUAAAUAUAUAUGAAGCAAUUUGACUGGUAUCUAGAUCAUUCACAGCCCUUUAAACGUCACCUUUGCUAUUCUCCCCACUUUACAGAUAAGGAAACUGAGGCCCAAAAAGAUUUGAACCCAGGUCUUCCAAGUCAUUCAAGUGCUUUCUCCACUGUACAGGUGGUUAUCAACCUUGGCUGCACAUCAGAAUCGUUUGUAAAGCUUUUUCUUUUUCCUUUUUAAAAAGUAAAGCAAUAUAUACACAAGUAAAAAAUAAAAUAGUAGAGAAGGGCUUAUAAUGAGAAGCAGCAGUUCCCUGCUUGCACCCCCACAUCCAAAGGAUGUGGAACUCUUUAAAAAUAAAUUGCUCUGGUCCCGUCUCUGGACAUCUGAUUCAGUAGGCGUGGAUAAUAACCCAGAUAACCCCUACCUCACAGGAUAAAAAGUAUUACAUGAGCUGCCUUAGGCUAAGGCCCUGGCACACACGUGCUACAAAGGAGCUUUGGGGACUUAAGUCCUGAGGAUCCAGGAGGUGAGGUGACUUGUCCAAGAUGCCACUGGUUUAGUGGCAGAGCCUAGACUUCCACUUGGAUCUCUUUAGUGCUUGCCCCCUGCUCUCUCCUGUUGUGCCCCACCACCUCCCGGCAUCACAGUGCAACCCUUGUCAGUGAAGGCUGUGCUCGUGGGAGGCCAGACACCACAGUGUUUCCAAGAGCAGGCUGGAUCUGAGUAGAUUCCCUAGGGCUUGUUGGAGGAACUAGUUUGACUCCCUUAUACUGUGGACGCAGUAGCCUUGCUCUAGGGAGUUGAGUACUCCACAACAGUGUCUAAGUUUAAUUGGGCACUUCGCUCUGGAAAUCACAGUGUUGUGCACCAGGAACACAAAGAUGAGUCAAAUCUUGAUCCUGCCUUUGAGGAGCUCACUGUCUAGUUGGGGAAACAAUUUGUAAAACAGCCAUUAACCAUACAGUGUGAUCAACACUGUGACAGGAGCACAGGAGAAACAUCUAGCUUAUGUGACGAUUCAGAGAAGGCAUCCUCUAGUCUAGGUGGUGACACCUGAACUGAGUCUUAGGGGCUGGUAGGAAUUAGCCAGUUGAGGAAGUAUAAGGAAUUUCCAGAUAUCGGAAACAGUAUGCAUGAAGGCAAGAAACAGCAAAACAAAUACUGAAGCGUGAAGAUUCCUGGGGUGGGGGAAAAGGUAGAGAGGAACCAGAUUGGAAGAGGGUCGUAAAUGCAUGGCUACAGAAUUCAGAUUUGUCUUGUAGGACUGUGUGGUUCCCAAACUGGCUAUAUACCACAAACAGGUGGGGCAUUCUGGGCCCCAACCUCUAAAAGUUCAGUAAGUCUGGGGUGAGGAUUUGGAAUCCUGAAUGCUUAUAAAGGUUACCACAUGACUAGGGUACAGCCAGAUUUGGAAAGCAUAGCUUGAAGGCAGUGAGGGAGCCAUGAAAUGGUUUUUAAUAGGGGGACUCCAGAUCAGAUGUGAACUUAACCUGUUUCUGGCUGGCUAGCCAAGCAGCAUGGAAAACAGAUUAGGUUAGAUGUUCAUGCUGUAUGUGCCCGUACUGUAGUUUCCCUGUUAAUAAGCUUACACUACUAUAUUUGCUCAUUUUGUCUCUGAAUAAGCUUUAGGCACCACAAGGGUGGGCCUGGAGAUAUUUUGCUUACCAGUAUAGCCCCUGCAAAAAGCACAGUGCCUGACACAAAACAGGCACCCAGUAAAGUUUUUGAAUGAAUGAAUGCAUGAGUGAAUCCAUUUGUGAGAGAGCGAAUGGAGAUGGGGGGAUUAGUUAGGAACCUGGAAAAAGACCAGGAGGCCUGCACUAGGGCAAAGGCCAGUGGGAAUAGAUUGGAGGUGUUAAGGUGUGAACUAUUAAGGGAAGAUGAUAAACUGAACUUAAUGACUGAUUAUUGGAUGUGGAGGGUGACUGAGAGGAUAGAAUGAGUACCCAUGAAUAGCCAGGAUUCCUACCCUAUCCCAGUCAUCUCUUUCCUUAUCCAUCUCUGAAACAGAAUCUCCUUACAUCCUCCUCAGCAAUUGGAAUUCCUCAAGUUAGACAGACGUUCUGUGUGCUGUGUGGUCUCUCACUGCCCCCCCGCUCCACACCCCUCCACAAGCCAUUGAUUCAUUCAUCCAGUUCAAUAAAUCUUGGCUAAGCACCUCCAGUGUACAGUAAGGCUCUUCCAAGCCAGGACUCUGACUCCCUCUUUCCUACCUCAAGAGAUGUUUUUGAGGGCUUUCCCAGGUAAGAGACACAUCCCUUAUACAAUAACUUAUAGUAAAAUACCCAGAAUGUCAGACCUGUAAGGGAAGACUGCCCAAACCCCUUCUGAGGUCCUCAGAGGGGAAUUAACUUCCUAAGGUCCCACUGCUAGGAAGUGUCAGAGCCAGAAAUGGAACCUAGGUUUCCUUUCUAUGUCAUCUCUAGAGUCUUGAUCUUGAUAUACCCCAUUGUAGAUCAGGACAGGCAGAGGUGGUCAGGGAGAAGGUGGGACUUAGGUUGAACCUUGAAGGUCGAUAUAUUGGACAGGUCAAACAAGAUGCUUGCCAAUUACACUGCCCCCUUCUGGAAACGCUUAGCAAACCUGCCAUGCUUGCAGUCCCUUCUAAGGGGUUUCUUUAGCAUAAGUUGCCAUGCUCUGUACCAUGUGACCUCACAAUCCUGGCCACAGAUAGCUAGAUGUGGAUAGUGUCUGAUUCAAGGGCAACCAAUCUCUACGCUGGCCAGCGGCCUAUUAACUGGACUGGCAUAAGGACUCCACCUUACAGGGAUGGCAUGUAUCAAAUGGCAAACGCGUGAAACAACCAGAUCUUUCAGGGAGGCAGAAUGUGAGAUAGUCAGAAGAAGUGAACAGUUAAUUAGAAUUUAAUGAGGCAUUAGUGGUGGAUGAGGGGUGGCCAGAAACUAAACAGCAAAAGUAAAGAGAAAACUGCAGAAACCAUAAGUAAGCAGAGGUCAUGAGACAUUUGUAUAAUGAGAUCACGGGGCCACAGGGUGGCAGAAGCCAUGAAGCAGCAAGGCAACAACGGGCUAAAAGGACGCAGAAGCCAUGAAGCAAUAGGAGCCACGAGGAACAAAAACCAUGAGACAAAACUGACUAUGAGAUCCACAAAGCAGCAGAAGGCUUGAAGAGAUAAGAUCAUGAGACAGUAGAAGCGAUGAGACUGCAAGAACCAUAAGGCAGCCAGAACCAUGUGGCAACAUGGCAACAGGAAUGGAAGAGGCAGCAGGAGCUACAAUGCAGAAAGGCCAUGGAUUAAUAGGAACCGAAGCCCUGGGAGCCAUGAAGCUUCAGGACCUAUGAGGCAGAAAAAGCCAUGGGCUAGCAUCGAGGGGGGCAGAAAGAAGUUAGUCAGUACCAGUAGGAGGAGUAUAAAUACAGCCAGAAAGGAGUUGAGUCACCAAUUUGGGAAGCGCUAGAGAAGGGAGCAACAGAUGCCUGCAGCUGAGGGGGUGACAAGAUAAGCCAGGCUCUAGAGCUGCUUUGGAUCAUGAACCAUUUUCAAGUUUCUGUUCUUCCAUGAGGCUGCCUGUGUAGCUGUCGUCUUCCUUACUUCCCUGUGAAUGCUUUAAUAAAUCCCCGUCACUAACCUGAA